AUGGUCAGCCGGACCGAGUAUAAGCGCCAAAUGAUGGAAAAUGAGGAGUCCGGCAGCCUGAUCCUCAACGUUGAACGACAAGCAAGAAUAUGGGUAUCCCUAAGCGAACGAUACCCUUUAACGUCUCAACUCAUUCAGGAGAACAAGAUACCCGAAUUCGAUAAUUUAUAUCUGGACUUCAAUGCUAUCAUUCACAACUGCUCACAUCCAAAUGAUGACGACGCACAUUUUCGACUGUCUGAAGAACAGAUCUUUACCUCUAUUUUCGCAUAUGUCGACCAUCUAUUUGGCAAAAUCAAGCCAAAGAAACUGUUUUUCAUGGCGGUAGAUGGGGUCGCGCCUCGCGCGAAGAUGAACCAACAGCGUAGUAGGAGAUUUAGGGCAGCGAAGGAAGCCAGAGAGCUUCGACAGAAAGCUGAAGCUAAAGGGGAGAAGUUACCAGAAGAGAAGGCGUUCGACAGUAAUUGUAUAACACCCGGGACGCCAUUCAUGGCUAGGUUGUCGGAACAGCUUAAAUACUUCGUGAACAAGAAAAUCUCGGAGGAUUCAAAUUGGAGGGAUGUCCAGGUGGUACUUUCCGGUCAUGAAGUUCCAGGAGAGGGCGAGCACAAAAUCAUGGAGUAUAUUCGUCUAUCGCGGUCCCAACCAGAUUACGACCCUAAUCUUCGACAUUGCUUAUACGGUCUCGAUGCAGACCUCAUUAUGCUUGGCUUACUCAGCCACGAUCCUCAUUUUUGUCUUCUUCGGGAGGAAGUCAAAUUUGGGCCAACACGGAAGAGUCGCGGCAACUCUUCACUUGACUCCAUUAAUUUCUAUCUGCUCCAUCUAUCCCUCUUCCGAGAAUAUCUGCACCUCGAAUUCAACUCUCUCGCUACUGAACUACCAUUCGAAUACUCCCUUGAGCGCAUCAUCGACGACUUUGUCCUCCUUGCCGUAUUCGUCGGUAACGAUUUCUUACCCAACUUACCUGACCUCCAUAUCCACGAAAAUGGGCUUGAAAAGCUCUUCGAGGUAUACAAGAAAGUCCUUCCUACCAUGGAAGGUUAUAUUAACGACGCAGGGACGAUCAAUUUACCGCGACUCCAGUUCAUUCUAGAUGAGAUGGCCCAAUGGGAAGUCGAUGUAUUCGAAAAAGAGAACUCUGAUACGAAUUGGUACAAAGGGAAGCAAGCUAAAUACAAAAACGGAGCUACUCCGAAGACAAAUGAGCUCGUCAUCACAAAACCUCAACAUGACAUUUUCCGCGCCGUGCGCGACUGGCUAAUGGCGAAACCAACCAAAGCGUUAACUAUGCCUAACGAUUUCCCGGCAAAAGACAGGUUGUUCAUCUUGACUAUCGCCCGAGACUUGAACCUAUCUCUCGCCUGGGAUGAGUAUGACGAGGAAGGGCGUAACAUUCUCUCAUUUUCGCCGGCAUAUCCGGAGGACGCGUUCGACGAUGAGGAGCAGGAGGCUCAAGUUGCGGUGUUACGGGUGUUGAGAAAAUACGAGAAGGCGCCGAUUGAUGGAGGCGAAGAGGAUUUUGAUACCCGUGCCACGAAUGCUCUUUCUCACAAGAUGGACGAGUGGAAACGGGGUUAUUAUUCUGGAAAAUUGGAAUUCUCUUACGACGAUCCUGAACAAAUGCAGAAGCUGGUGUAUCGUUACGUUGAGGGAUUGCAAUGGGUAAUGUAUUAUUAUUUCACGGGAGUCAAAUCGUGGGCUUGGUUCUACGAUUACCACUAUGCGCCGAGGAUUUCGGAUUUGUCCUCGAAAGCGAGAUGGGGUGGAGAGGGUGGAAUUGGGAGGAGAGGAAUCGCACAGUUAAGCUUCGACUUCAAGCUUGGUCAGCCGUUCAGGCCUUAUGAGCAGCUCAUGGGUGUACUGCCCGCAGCAAGUAAGGACCAUAUACCUACAGCGUAUCAUGACCUUAUGACGAGCAGUAUGUCACCAAUAUCGGACUUCUACCCAGCCGAUUUCGAGCAAGACUUGAAUGGUAAGAGGGCGGAUUGGGAAGCUAUCGUCAAAAUUCCGUUCAUUGAUGAGAAGCGCCUGCUCGCCGCAAUGAGCACCAAGGAGCAUCUUCUCACUGACACCGAGAAGCAACGCAAUACUUUCGGAACCACCACUAAAUUCACCUUCCGUGGUCUGAAUGUUGAACCAACUGAAUAUCCUUCAUCAUUACCGGGAUUUUUCCCUCCACUUCACCGCUGUAUGUGUAAGAUGGAAGUCUUUAACCUUCCUACACUAGACCCGGACCUUAAUUUUCCCCUUGUCACUGGUCUUGUUGAGGGCGCGUUGACCGGUCCAUCAGCCUUAUCAGGCUUUCCUUCACUCAAUACUCUCCCCCCCACACACACGGCACUGGGUUACCACCAUGUCAAUGUUCAUGGCUCGGAAUCGCGUAACCAAAGCGUUAUCGUAUACGUGAAAAACACUUAUGAAGAACGCAAAACGGAAGAUAUUGGACGGGAGGUUCUCGGAAACCGAACGUUUAUCGGUUGGCCUUUUCUAUCUGAAGGUCUGGUGGUAGGGGUUUCCGAUGAAUUAUUCCGGUAUGAGACGGUGAAAGUGGGCACACCAGGACGAGGAACAGAGAAGGUGCUAGGGACGCCACAUAGUCAGAGCGGGCUUGGACUCUGGAAAGUCAAAGCAGAUAAAAUUGAGGGUGUUUAUUCAAAAAGAUUCGGGGUUGUCACUGGGCCAGUGGAGGUCUUGUUGCAUGUUAGGCCACUGAAAGGUCUUAAACGUCUGGAGGACGGUUCGCUUGUCAAAGAGUACGAAGGAAUCGACAAGGAGACAGAAGUUGCGGUCCAAAUGACAGUCUCCGCUGUUGGAGCAGAGGAUCCGCGAUACCUCGAGCGACCAGCUCCGCCUUUGUCAGAGGAGUUCCCAGAAGGAAGUAAGAUUUUCUUUUUGGGAGAGCACGCAUAUGGUGUUGCAGCCCAGGUGUCUGCCACGACAGAUACCAGUCUUUCUGUCAUUCUUGCAUUCUUCCCUUCUGACAAAGCAGAAAAUGCUCAAUUCAAGGCCAUCGCACAAGAACAAACCCCUUCUUCAGCUUCUUACUAUCCUGCGUUCCGUGCUGCAGAGAUGCUUGGGCUGUCGAGUCGGGGCAUAGCAAGAAUUACUUCGAGUUUCCUGAUCAUCUCAUCUGACAAUCAGAAGCACAAUAUUGGCUUGAACAUCAAGUUCGAAGCAAAAAGCUUGAAGGUGAUAGAUUAUUCACGGAAGGAGGGGCGACAUUGGGAAUUCAGCGAAAAAGCGAUAAAGUUGAUCAAAGAGUAUCAAGAGGCAUUCCCCGACGUUUUCAAAUGUUUGGAUAUCAAUGUUGAUGGCAUGUUACGAGCGGUGGACGUCUUACCCGGUGCUAAUCCAGAUGCGAGGGUCAAAGAUAUCAGAAGCUGGUUGAAAUCCAAAGGUGUUCAGGAUUUCGAAGCUGUGACACUCUUCUGUGACCAGCUGGGCAAGGAGACUAUCACACAAAUCGAGAAACUCGCAGACGAUUUCAACGGAAACAGGUCGACUACUGGGAUAAAGAAAGCUAUCGUGAAAGGUAUUCCUCGGCAGGCGGUCCUCAAACCUGCGCACGCGAUUUACCGACUACAGGGGCAAAGGUUCGCGUUGAGCGAUAGGGUCAUCAUGGUACAGGACUCAGGUGGAGUACCACUGGGCGCGAAGGGUGUUGUUGUUGGUUUGAAUACAAAGACUAUGGACGUGGUCUGGGACAUGCCAUUCAUGAGUGGAACUACCCUCGGAGACAGAUGUUCACAGUAUCGUGGACUGGCGGUCGAGUUCAACUCUUGUUUAAACCUGAGUGAUCCACAGUUUGUUACGUCUACGAAUCCAAAGGAUCAAAAACAACCGCUUCCUGUAAACCAUGCAGCGCCAUUCAAGCCUCGGUCUGGUCCCUAUCCCCUGGUGCGACCUGGCCCAGGCCAGCAUCCUGCUGCAGGCUUUCGUCCAGCACCGCAGCAACCUUCUUCGUCGCCUCCCAAACCAGUGCACAUAAUGACCAAUCCUCAACAUCAACAUCCACGUGCUGCUGGUAUAGUAGCACGGGGUGGAAUAACACGAUCUACUGAUCAUACGCGGGGUCUUUCGCAUGAUCACUUAGCGAACGCUCCAAAUUCCAAUGCUCGUCCUUCAGCGCCUGUUGCUAAUGAAGGUGGAUAUACACCGCGAGGACGAGGCUUCCAUCGCGGCGGGGGAGGGUUCAAUUCUGGUCUUGGAUACCGUGGACGAGGUGGGUUUGGUCCUUCGAUGAACGAACGCGGGAGAGGAGGAAGAGGAGGAGGAUUCCGGGGGCGAGGACGAGGAUAUGUUCCUGCACCUCCGUUACCGUCCUAA